AUGGCCGUUCCUUCGUCUUCCCACCACGACCGUGAUCGUGAGCGUGAGCGCGAGCGCGAACACCGUCACCGUUCUGAAAGACAUCACCACCAUCGCACCAUCUCCUCAACCACUCUUCUCCUCGUUCUCUCCUUGGUCCUCGCCGUACUUGCCGUCAUGCUUUCCCUCCCCGCGUCCUCAGGCGCGACAGGAGCACCGGGCAAGGACGAAGCCGCCACGGGGAUCUGGGGUUACCUCAAUCCCAAACGUUCCCAGAUUCUUGUAACGCGCGAGCGUGACGUUGCCAUGCGCGAAGCCGAAGUUGCCCGUCGUGAAGCAGAGCUUCUCGUCGGCGCACCGGGUGGCGUCCUUCCGAGUCAACAACAGUGUCCCCCAUGCGCUACUCAAACCAUCGUCGAUAUGCCUCCCGCCCAAACCAUCAUCAAGGAAGUCGUCAGGGAGCAGGAACUCGCUCCCCCCGGUUGGUGGAAAGAGGCCGGCGCUCGCGCCGAAGAGGUUCUUGAUCGUGAACUCAAAGUUGCUGAACGUGAGCGCGAAAUCACUCGUCGCGAGGAGAGUGUCAACCGGAGAGAACAUGAUGCCUCGCGGCGCGAAGCCUGGAUCAUGGAGCAGCUUGUUCUUAUCAACAGUGACAAUGCCGCGGUCGAGGAGGAAAUUUACUAUGAACAACCUGGGCCGAAGCGAAAACUCAAGGAACUUCCCCCACUAGUUAUCGCUGAAACCGAAACCAAAACCAUCAUUCAAUACGAAACUCUUCCGCCGCAGACCGUCACCGUUCCACCACCUGCCAAUACCCGUCGUGCCGCAUUCCCAACCCCUGACGUCGUGUCAUCUUCCUUCUCUACCGCCAUCCCUCGCACCACCGCUAUCACCAUAGAGGAGGAAAUCAUAAAAGAACCCUUGAGGGCGGAGGAGAUUGACGAGUACGAGGUUGAAGAAUACGAAGAUGACGAUGGCCCUCGUGUUGCUGUCAAGCGCAAGCCUCGUCCGACCAGGAGACCCUCGUCCCGCGGUUGGUUGUGGUAA